GCGAGCUCCCUGCUUAACAGAAGGCUCAGUUGCCCAAGUGACGAAGGCAUUGUGGGGCACGAACCAGGCUUUGGUGAAUUUAUCUCAUUAUACACCAGGAGUUAUAAUUUAAAAACCAAUAUCAUAUAAAGAAGAAAAAAGAUAUGGUGAGAUACAAUACCAUUAACACUUCUUCAGAAACGGAUUUUAAAGCAGAACUUCCAUGACUGUGAAAUCCAACCGGGUGCACGACCAUGAGGAAGGAUGGCGAGGGAGGAAACCGCGCUUUGUUCUUGAGGUGAGCCGGGUGCGCGACCAUGAGGAAGGAUGGCGAGGGAGGAAACCGCGCUUUGUUCUUGAGGUGAGCCGGGUGCGCGACCAUGAGGAAGGAUGGCGAGGGAGGAAACCGCGCUUUGUUGGUGAGGUGAAACGGGUGCGCGACCGUGAGGAAGGGUGGCGAGGGAGGAAACCGCGCUUUGUUGGUGAGGUGAGCCGGGUGCGCGACCACGAGGAAGGAUGGCGAGGGAGGAAACCGCGCUUUGUUGGUGAGGUGAAACGGGUGCGCGACCGUGAGGAAGGGUGGCGAGGGAGGAAACCGCGCUUUGUUGGUGAGGUGAGCCGGGUGCGCGACCACGAGGAAGGAUGGCGAGGGAGGAAACCGCGCUUUGUUGGUGAGGUGAAACGGGUGCGCGACCACGAGGAAGGAUGGCGAGGGAGGAAACCGCGCUUUGUUGGUGAGGUGAAACGGGUGCGCGACCACGAGGAAGGAUGGCGAGGGAGGAAACCGCGCUUUGUUCUUGAGGUGAAACGGGUGCGCGACCACGAGGAAGGAUGGCGAGGGAGGAAACCGCGCUUUGUUCUUGAGGUGAAACGGGUGCGCGACCACGAGGAAGGAUGGCGAGGGAGGAAACCGCGCUUUGUUCUUGAGGUGAAACGGGUGCGCGACCAUGAGGAAGGAUGGCGAGGGAGGAAACCGCGCUUUGUUCUUGAGGUGAAACGGGUGCGCGACCAUGAGGAAGGAUGGCGAGGGAAGAAACCGCGCUUUGUUCUUGAGGUGAAACGGGUGCGCGACCAUGAGGAAGGAUGGCGAGGGAGGAAACCGCGCUUUGUUGGUGAGGUGAAACGGGUGCGCGACCAUGAGGAAGGAUGGCGAGGGAGGAAACCGCGCUUUGUUGGUGAGGUGAAACGUGUGCGCGACCACGAGGAAGGAUGGCGAGGGAGGAAACCGCGCUUUGUUCUUGAGGUGAGCCGGGUGCGCGACCAUGAGGAAGGUUGGUGAGGGAGGAAACCGCGCUUUGAUGAUGAGGUGAACCGCGUGCACGAUCCCGAGGAAGAAGGGCGAAGGAGGAAACCGCGCUUUGUUGGUGAGGUGAGCCGGGUGCGCGACUGUGAGGAAGGAUGGCGAGGGAGGAAACCGCGCUGUGUUGGUGAGGUGAAACGGGUGCACGAUCCCGAGGAAGUAUUGCCAGGGAGGAAACCGCGCUUUGUUGUUGAAGUGAAACGGGUGCGCGACCACGAGGAAGGAUGGUGAGGGAGGAAACCGCGCUUUGUUGGUGAGGUGAGCUGGGUGCGCGAUCACGAGGAAGGAUCGCGAGGGAGGAAACCGCGCUUUGUUGUUGAGGUGAAACGGGUGCGCGACCAUGAGGAAGUCUGGCGAGGGAGGAAACCGCGCUUUGUUGGUGAGGUGAAACGGGAAAAGGCGGUUUGUUGGUGAGGUGAAACGGGUGCACGAUCCCGAGGAAGUAUUGCCAGGGAGGAAACCGCGCUUUGUUGGUGAGGUGAGCCGGGUACGCGACCACGAGGAAGGAUGGCGAGGGAGGAAACCGCGCUGUGUUGGUGAGGUGAGCUUCACAUUCAGCGACCCGUUAGAAUUCGUUCUGAUGAGCAGGAUUCUUUCACAGCGUUACAUGAAGAGUGGGGCGAUUGUACUUUGUGUUUCCUUUAGUUCCAGAGAAGAGUGAUUUUUUUUGUAUUUGAAAUAAGUAAAGAUUAUAUUACGUUGAAAUGAGCAUAAUUCAGAAAAGAAGGCACUGAAUUUAUACUUAAAUCAUGGUCUGGGGCCUAAAAUGCUUGCUCAAAUAACGUAGCUCCAGUGCGUUUGAGGGUGUAUACGUUUGAGAGAGAGUGUGUGUGUGUUUGAGCCUGUGUGUUUUAGUGUGUGUGUGAGAGUGUGUGUGUUUGAGCCUGUGUAUUUUACUGUGUGUUUGUGUGUGUGUGUGUGUGUGAGCCUGUGUGUUUUAGUGUGUGAGUGUGUUUGAGCUUGGGUGGGUAUGUAUAUUUGGGCGUGUGUUUGAGCUUGUGUGUCUGAGUGUGCGUGUGUGUGAGCAUGUGUGUGUUUGAGUGUGUGUGUUUGAGAGUGUGUGUGUUUGAGCAAAUGUGUGUCUGAGCCUGUGUGAGUGUGUGUGUGUGUAAGCCUGUGUGCGUCUGAACGUGUGUGCACUGGAGGUGGUUCCCUGAGUUUACAAUCUCUCAUUGGCUUAUACUGUUAAACAGACAAGCAGCUACAGAUUUUGUUUGUUCUUACAUUUAGUAUUUAUUCCAGGCAACUGUGUCUAGUUUUCCCUUUGUUGUUGGUUACCUUUGCUGGACUCUGCUGUGACACACCAGACGUGCUAGCUGAGGAAGUGGGGUCAGAAGCAAUAUUCCUGAACUUUGGGGUCACCUCUCACCCACUGUUCUUCCCGGUGCUACCAUAGCGUUUGCUCCACGAACCCUGAAGUCACUGAUGGACAUCACGCAUUCCACUUUCAAGGAUUCCUGUAAGCUUAUGAAGAAGGACAAGGCAAUAUCAUGGAAUGUUGAAAUACAUAUAGGUGAUCUGACAAAAUAGGGUCCUUUACAAGUUACCUUAGAGAAGGGAAAAAUGUACAAGAGCAUGUCACACAUCUUUUUGGCUUAGCUCAGUCUGCAGAAAAAAUUAAAUUUCCUUUCCUAUGACUUUUGUUGUAAUCUAUCCUUAGAGGAGAAAUACACCUGAAAGCCAAGGGAAAGACCGCGGGUGUUGGAAUCCACGUGACUUCCACGGUAUUGAACGGAGCUGCCGGGCUAAGAACUUCCAUUUCUUUUCUCAGGGAACUCCCAUCUUAUUUAAGGCACAGAAUAAGGAGUUCCAUUAACUUUAGACAGCUUGUUUUAAAUCAAAAAUUAAGAAAAAAAUGAUUGAAAACAAAGCCCUAAACUGGAACACAUGAAUUUUAAAAUAUAUUUAAAUUGUGACCAUUGUGUUUAAACUGUGGUAGGGCUUGAUUUUCCAAAUCUCAGAAUAAAAUUUCUUAGCAAAUUCCUUAUAAUGUCCUAAAAAUAACCCAUUAAAAUCACAUGUAGAUCUGGUUGCCCCUGGCAUUGGUCUGUGAGUUUUUGAAUUCAGAGUCAGAAAACCUGGGUUUGAGUCUUAGCUGUAAGGUUACUGACUAUGCAAGCUUUGUUAACGCGUUUAACCCUCUGUUCAUCUUUUUCGUCAACUGUGGACGAGGGAUUAGUACAGCAAUUGAGUCACAAUCUGAUAAGAUGUGUGAAGAGACUAUGCGAGUGUCACGUGCUGUGCCCAUCUCUCUUUCUUUUGCCCUGGACUGGUCCUUAGCCAGAUGCUUGAUUACAUGUUAGAUUUAUUGGCUUGCUUUUCCAUUGCCCCCCGUCCUUCCCCUAAACAAGUAUAAUGCUGCCAUUGCUACUCAUCCCUGCACCUUGCACAAAUCUCUCUCUAUCCUUGCAAUGUGGAUUUCAGUACCAAUGACAGUGAGUGAAAUUUCUCAGGUUGUUUAUCUUUCCUGUACUUCUUAAUUGUUGCACUACAUUAAUUAGAAAAUAGAGGGCGAAAUGAUGGUCCUGGACCUGGUAUCACAGGCUUAGGUUGAAACAACAGAACAAACACUACUGUGAAGUCAUCCAGUCCAAGCUCUCGUAUUUAGGUAGGAGAAUAUUGACUCUAUCAUUAACUCAGAGUUAUUAAGUUAAAUUGAAUUAAAACGUUGUAAAAUUCUUUAGGAACUCACUGCCUUCCUUUAUCGGUGUUUUCACUAUUUUCUGACUCAGAAGAAAUAUAAAUGAGUGACCAUGGUCCCUGCUCAUUUACAAACUUGCAGAAUUUUUUUUAAAGCACCAGGAUGCAAUAAAAUCAAUGUUUUGUGUACUGCUUAAUUGUAACAUCUAAAUGAGCAUUUAAUGUACUGUGUUCUCCUACUUAUUAAUCAAAUCAGUAUAGAUUAGGUUAUUUGUGUUUUUUGCAGUUAAUGAAAAUGUCAAAAGAACCUUCAAACGUGAAUGAAAAUCCUUCCACUUCCUGUGCUGUGGAGAAUUCCACUUACCACUCUGAAACCAGUGAUUCUCAGAAGACCCUCUUUUAUUCCUCUGACCUUUCAGAUAGCCGGUGGCUGCCCUUUUAAUGUAUACUUUUCCAAGAUACUGUUAUUAUUCUCCUUAUUUUUUUUUCUUACCAACUUCUGUCAUUCCUGUUCGGUAAAGUGCCCUUGUGUGAUUUAAUGUCUGGCAGUGGCCUGUGGAAACCUUUCGAGUCAAACUAUCAUUUUUUUUUCCUUGGCAAUCUCCUAUUCUUCAGGUUUUAAGCAAUGACUAGUUUUUACAUUUUCAGCACCUUAUAUAUUUAAUAGUGGAUUAAAAAUCCUGAUGUGACUUUUGCUUUUGUCAUCAUGCAUCUGUGGUUAAUGGGCCUAAUUUGUUUUGUAUUGCAGUAAUCUUUAUAAGGAGGUUAGAAAAAUUGUGCGGAGAAAACAAUUGUAAAACAAUGAAGCAGGAAGCCCUCUCCCCACAUCUUUCAUAGUGUGAAAAUGCUAAGAAAUGUUAGAAGCGAAUUAGCCCUUAAAUUGUCUCCUCAUCCAGUCCCUCCUACUGCGUUAUGGAGAGAGGACACAUUUCCAAGACAAAAAUGCUUCCGCUGAGGACUGUUUCUAUACAAAAACUCACCAGCUUCCACGCAGUGUCUUGUCUUAUCACUUCUGAACAGACCUUGGUGUUUGAAAGGGUUUAGAAAUUUGCUUAACUCGCCAUUUCCUGACAUAAUGAGGAAAUCAGUGUGUCUUGCCUUUCAAAAUGCGUGUGAGUUCAGAAUAAUUCAACAAGAGUAUGCGAUGAUAAGCAGAAAUGAGACUGCAAGAAUGUGCUCAUCAACUCAGAAUCAGUGAUAACUGACAGAUAAAACAAUGUUAAUUGACUAAGGGAGACCCUACAACAUUCUGUAUCUAGAGGAACAAACUUUGGCAUUUUGUUAAAGGUUGAUUUGGCAAUUUUGAGUGAUAUUCUAGGAAACACAGGUCUGCUUUGAUGCCACUAAGACUUUGAGUAGGGACACCAAUGACUUUCAGAUAAACAUAUGCCCCUUUCCCUGUUUCCAUCGUCUUCUACUUAUUCGAAUAGUUUAAGCAGGCAAGCUGUCUGCUGAUAGGGUGCAAAAGAACAGACCUCUGUGACCUUCCAGGAACCUUAAAUCAUCUCUCUGCAGCGGGGAACCAAGGGGUCAGUGAGUGGAAUUAACGCCAAGUGUGCGCUUGUGGCUCAGAGCCACUUCCCUUUGGGGCGAGUAUAUUCUCAGCAUCCAAAAGAGUUCCCACCCUGGGCUGUUGUAUGGAUGAAAAUCCGUCUUGGAUUUUCUAAUCCUCAAAAACUUGUUUCAGUGCACAUAUUUAAGAUGAAAUAAACACGAUUGAAGAAAUAAAUCCAUUCCUUAAUUUUAAAAACUUAUUGGCCGGGUGUGGUGGCUCAUGCCCAUAGUUCUAGCACAUUGGGAGGCCGAGGCAGGUGGAUCACCUGAGGUCAAGGGAUCGAGACCAGCCUGGCCAACAUGGAGAAACCCCGUC